CUUUUUGAACUGAACAUGGAUUCCCUCGAAAUAAUGCAAGAGUCUGACGAAGAUAAUUCGGACGACGCGUUAAAAAUAGUGAUAGAAAGCCCAACAAAACGAAAAAAGUUUGUGCCCAAUGAAGUGGAUAAACAAAUAAUUAACGAAGUUGAGGAUAAUAUAGAAGAGAGCUUGGGAGAAAAAGCUGCCAAGACCAAAUUAAGUGCAAAUACUGUUAAACACAUUUUAAAGCAUGUGGUUACUAACGAACAUGUAUUAGCUUUGGUGAGACAGGCUGAACAUCCUGAAGAGAAUGACGAGAAUGUUACAGUUUAUGAGCCAAAACUUACAAGAGCAAAAACAAAGGAGCUUUUGUCCAAUGUUCCAAAUGGUUUGUUGGUGGAACCCAAGUCUAAUUCAAAAUCAGAGACUCAUGUCUUAUUUAGUGGAGAUUUGCAAGAAGAGGACUCUUCUGGGGAUGAAUAUGUUCCUGGUGAAGAAGAGAGUGAAGAUGACAGAGACAGUUCGAUAGUAAGUGACUCUGACCCCUUAUCAGUACCCCCGCAAACUCCCCCAACCCCUCUAUCCUACGACAUCAUAAAUCAAACCAACUACACUGAAGAUGGGGUCUUUAAGAUCCCCCCGAACCAAAACCUCACCAAAGCGGAAGAAGAGGUGAACAUAGCCUUGAGGACCAGAUCGAAAUUGUGCCUCAGUUCGACCCCGUUGGAAAUUAUCGAGGAGCAAUUCAUACCGCCCGACAUAACCACGGACAUGUACGACAUGGACUGCGACGACGAGGAUUGGACGGAUUUCCUGAAGAAGUUCACUCGGCCGCUGGACGAGGUCACGAAGUUGGCCGACGACGAGGAUCACGAUCCCGAGUACAACAUCUUGGCGGACGAGCACAUCGACCAGGUCGACAAGGAGGAGUUGAGGGUGGAUAAGGCGGUGAAGGUUUCGAGGAAGGAGUUGAACGACUUGAUGGCGGAACUGUUCGAGUUUGCGAAUGUGCAGUUUGAGAACGAGGUGGCCAACGAGAAUGCCAGGAAAAAUGAAGCCAGCCUCUCUAUUGUGACCACUGAACCUGAGCAGCAGAUAACCAAGCACGUUUCUGAUCAAAGUGUGAUGGAAAAUACACAAACUUCAGUUAAUGCUGCAGACUCAACAUUUAAAGAAGUUGAGGAGGUUGAAGAUGGUACAGAUAUAAUGAUAAGAAAAAACCAAAUACCACUUCUGGAGCAACAGUUGAGGCAACAUGUUCAAAUGUUAACACAAAAUUUUUUGUUAACGUAUCAGCAUCCUGAAUAUCAUGCGGAAUCUCAACAGUGUAAAGAAUAUUUGAUGAAUUUAAAGUUUCUUUCUACCGGAAGAAAGGCGUCAAUAUUUUAUAUAACAAACUUACAAUCAGCCAUUGAAUUGAUAAGUAAUUGGGAAAUUCUUUAUUCAUCUAAUAGUACUGAGGUUCAAAACACUAGGAGGCAUAUUGAAAAUGAUAUAGCAGAAUCAUUAAAAAGGAAAAAUGCUGGGAAUUAUAAUUACAUUUACACUCUACCACCACUUAUCAUGGACACAAUUGGGAAAAGCAAUGUCUUUUUAUACACAUCUCUAUUACCCAAAACGCCUUUCAAAACUUCAGCCUUUUAUGCUAAUAAAAAUUCUCAAUUUUUAGAAUCAGAAGACAGCCUUAUUUCUUUGGGUCUGGAACAAUUUUGCGCCCUAGCGGACGAUUCAAGAGAACUUCGCAGCAAAAACGGCGACAUUUCUCUGAAAAACGUCUGCCAAUUAAUACAGGAAUACAUGAUACCAACAAAGGGAUAUUUAAAAAUUUACGACCACAUUUUGGCUUACAAAGACACCAGAUGCGCUAACAAUCCCAUUAAGUAUUAUUUCCAAACGAAAAGAGCGCCCCCCUUAUUGCAUUAUGUUUAUCCUUUGGGACAGUUGAAGGUGAAGCCACCCUGCGAAAGGAUACCUGACGAGUUGCCUUAUCAGUUAAAGAAUCAUUUGUUUCCAACACCUCUGAUUUUUAACAAUAGUCAUGGAAAUAUCACGAUAACUCCUGUGCUUAAUUACCUAACGCCUGAUAAUUCGUUCAAUGCGCAUAGAACAUUACUUCCAAAAUCUUUCAGUGCUGAUUUUGCGAGUAAUAACAAAAAUAAUGUCGGUAAGCCGAUCAUAACCUCAACUCCGUUAAGGGUCAAUAGUAGGCACAUAAACAAAAGAAGAAUAAAGUCGAAUAAUUCAAGGGUGGCUGUGAAGAGUAGAGUCUUAACACCAUUGGAUAACUUAAUUAGGAUAUUAAAGAAGCCUGCUAGAUCAAGAAAGCUUUUUGAUUUAUUCGAAAAGCCAGUAUUUGAAAGCAACAAGACUUUAACUCCAAUAAAAAGUAUUGAUCAUAAUAAUAGCACAAUGUUGCCUAGCAUGCCGAAUUUGUCAACGCCAAUUAAAAAUCCACCCCAGGAUAACAACAUUACAAGUACAGAGAACAAUGUUACGUCUUCGGAAAACAUUGAUCUGACUAGACGUAAUAUUUUAAAGGAUUUGGCGGAGGAAUUGGUUAUAGAUUCGUCUGGGAGUCGGAGUGUUAGCAGCAGUAAUAUUGCUGAACAAAGUACUGAAAGUAGUGGCAAUUCUACACUGGAGCAAAAUUCUUAUUUGAAGAAAGAAAAGAGUAUAAACAUUAGUGCUUCAAGUAGUUCAAAUAAUGACAAGGAGGUUCCCAGCACAAGCAAUGAAAAGGAUAAUUUAGAUGAUAUUAAUGCAUUAAUGAUUGCAAGUUCAACAGUAAAACCAAAUAAAAAAGAACCGUCAGGUGCCGAGAAGAAGAGAGCCAAAAUAAGGCGAGAAUUUUUAGCUAAUAUUGCUAUCUGUUCGCCUGAAGACCCGGAACUGGACACGCAAAAAAGCGAAAUGUUUGCGAUGGCAUACUACGAUAAGCUGCGCGAAAGUUUGGAACUGGAGCACUACCACCAAAUAAUGCAAAUCCUGAACGACCACGAGACUGGCGACGCGGUGGAUUUGUACAAGAAAGUCGAAAAACUGCUGAGACCGAAAUACAGCGACUUGGCGGACGAAUUCUUGCUGUUUUUGAGGGAUCGCGAAGCUGCAGCCGUCGGCCAGCUUAUACCGUGGAUUCAAAUGAACACCAGGUCGAAAUUCCUAAAGAAGUUGGAGUUGUUCUUCAAGGAUCAACCCGCGCAACUUCGGAAGAUCUUCAAGUGUCUAACCGAGCUGUCCGAGUCGGUUGAUGUGUCGAUGGAGAAAGUCAAAACUACUCUCAUACCAAUGUUGAAGGGGAACACCGUGUUGGUUGAUUUGUUUCUGCAGAACUUUAUGUCUGAGGCUCCGCCAAAAAGUUUGAUGGAGGGUGUUUACGAAAAUCUGGAUAUAAACAAAGAAAUGUUGAGGCCAGAUGAUGAAGAGUUGUGCGAAAAUAUCGUGAUUCCAGAUGUUGAAGAUGUUUAUGGCGGAAGCGCUUGUAUUUGCUCUUGUCAUAAAAUCGAAGACCCCGAAUUUAAGUCGAGACACAGGCACUGUAUUCCAUGUGGAACAAAGUUUAUUCAAGGGAAAGUUUACAUACAAAGUGGUAGAGGUUUGAGGCCAGCAACAGUUUCGUUUUUGACGAAUACAAAUAAGGAUCAUAAUAUGAGGCUGAAUGGUAAAAGUUCAGGGUUACAUCCUAGAAGAAAGAGGUCUGAUACCAGUCCUUCCAAACAGGUUACCGUGUCGCCAUCUAAAGACAAUGGAGAUGAGGAGAGUGAAGAAGAUGUAGAUGGGAAGAAAAAAGUAAAAGCAAAAACUCCUAGAAAACGUAAGAAGCAACCGGACAAAAAGCAAAUAAAGGAACCACAAAAAAGCUCGCGUAAUUCCAAAAACUGUGAUAAUGAUAAAGCUGAAACGAGCGGUAGAACUGCACAUAAAACUAUUAGAAAACGCAUACCAAAGAAGGUUGCCAAAGAAAUAAAGACUGAAACAGACACGAAAGUGGAGCGCAAAAGUACGGAAGAUGAGCUUGAUACCAAACCAGGUUCUUCGGAAGGUCAGUGCAAGAGACUUGCAGAAGAACCUUUGGAGUGGGAUUGUGGAGCCUCCAUGGAGUCUGUAGAAGCAAAACCGUCUAGUCCUGGUACACAAACUGCCGAAUCAGAAAGUGAAUUUUGUGAAGAGUCCUCACAAGAUAACUGCGAGUCAGACAGCAAUUCCAGUGUAUCCUCUUGUAAUGCGCAUUCGCAAAGUGAUAGUAACACUGGUGAAGAUACUUCUUGGAGAAGGGAUGAAGAUAAAAUAAUUUUGGAGACUUUCCAAAAGGAAAAUGACAAAGAACACGCCUUUUUGCUAAUCGCAAAACAAUUACAAAAUAGAACGGUUUCGCAAAUCAGGAGCAGGUUCCAAACGUUGAUGACGUUACUAAUGGAACAAUUAAAGUAAUUUAUUAAUUAAUUAGGUAUUUAUUUCAUUGUUACUGUCGGAUUAGUGUUUAAUUUAAUCUUUGUACUAUAUACCAAAUAUUUUUUUAUUAAA